UGCUAUUAGUAUGCAUGUUUAAGCUUUUUCUUUUUAAAAAUGUAUAAAAUAGGCACACAAUAUUACUAAAUUUUGCUAAAAUAUGAAAUGAAAGCAAGUGGUAAAAUUGAGCAAAGUUAAAGUGGAAAUGGUAGGGCUUUAGUGUUGGUAUUAUCAGACAAGUACACAUGGUGUUAGGGUCUCUUACAGCUACAAACUGAUACCUUUCUUCAUAGUAUUUUUGCCAUGUUGGAUCUGCUACUGGUGAAAGAUUAUGUCUUUAGGAAGACAAAGAACAAUUUCUCAUUCUUUCUUACUACUACAUUGUAGCUUCUUAAUUUGAGGGUUUUGUAAUUUUUCCUUAAAUGGGUAUGUCUCAGUGUUAUCUCUUGGCUUUGGGAUCUGGGUGUUGAAUUUUGAUCAGAUUUGUGUAAUAAAGUUUGGCUCUUUUUUGUUUUUUGGUGAGAAAUUAAGAAAAAUGGCACCAAGAUUGGAUUUUUCAGAGUGGUGGGCUAAAGACAGCAGCAAAAGGGGAACACCAGUAGUGGUAAAAAUGGAGAAUCCAAACUACUCAGUAGUGGAAAUCAACGGCCCAGAUGCUGCAUUUCAGCCUGUUGAGAAAAACAGAGGCAAAAAUGCUAAGCAAGUGACAUGGGUGUUGCUUCUCAAGGCUCAUAAAGCUGUUGGCUGUGUUGCUUACAUGGCAACUUUCUUUUGGGCAUUUCUUGGAGCUGUUAAGAAAAGAUUGAUCUUCAGACAAGGAGUUACAGUUGCUUCUGAGAAGUUAGGGAAAGGAAAACUGGUUCUUACAGUCAUUAGACUGUUUCUAGUAACUUCUUUGGCUAUUUUGGCUUUUGAAGUUGUUGCUUAUUUCAAAGGUUGGCAUUAUUUUGAGAAUGCUAAUCUUCAUAUUCCAAGAACUUUGGAUGUGCAGGGAUUAUUACACAUGUGUUAUGUUGGAUGGAUUACGUUUCGAGCCGAUUAUCUUGCUCCUCCUAUUCAACUUCUGUCUAAAUUCUGUGUUGUUUUGUUCCUUAUUCAAUCUUUAGAUCGGAUGAUACUGUCUUUAGGCUGCUUUUGGAUUAAGUUUAGGAAGAUUAAACCAAGGGUUGAGAAGGAUCCAUUCAAGUUAGUUGAUGCUGAGGCACCAGAUUCUCCGUUUCCUAUGGUUCUUGUUCAAAUUCCAAUGUGUAAUGAGAGGGAGGUGUAUGAGCAAUCUAUCUCUGCGGUAUGCCAAAUUGAUUGGCCAAAAGAUCGAUUACUUGUUCAAGUUCUUGAUGAUUCUGAUGAUGAGAGCAUCCAGUGCUUGAUCAAGGCAGAGGUUGCUAUGUGGAGCCAAAAGGGCGUCAACAUAAUUUACCGGCAUCGUGUGGUUAGAACUGGUUACAAAGCUGGAAAUCUCAAGUCUGCAAUGAAUUGUGAUUAUGUAAAGGAUUAUGAGUUUGUUGCUAUAUUCGACGCAGAUUUCCAACCUAAUCCAGAUUUUCUUAAGUUAACUGUGCCUCAUUUCAAGGAUAAUCCUGAAAUAGGACUCGUUCAAGCGAGAUGGUCCUUUGUGAAUAAGGAUGAAAAUUUGUUGACUCGUCUCCAAAACAUUAAUUUAUGUUUCCAUUUUGAGGUUGAACAGCAAGUUAAUGGCAUAUUUCUAAAUUUCUUUGGUUUUAAUGGAACUGCUGGUGUUUGGAGGAUUAAGGCCCUCGAGGAGUCAGGAGGUUGGCUCGAACGGACAACUGUAGAGGACAUGGACAUAGCUGUUCGUGCUCAUCUCAGUGGUUGGAAAUUCAUUUUCCUCAAUGAUGUAAAGGUUUUCUGCGAAGUCCCCGAGUCCUAUGAAGCUUACAGGAAGCAGCAACAUCGCUGGCAUUCCGGUCCUAUGCAUCUAUUCCGCUUGUGUCUUCCAGCUAUUAUAACUGCUAAGAUAGCAGUAUGGAAAAAAGCAAACAUGAUUCUACUGUUUUUCCUCUUGAGAAAACUCAUUCUUCCAUUCUAUUCCUUCACAUUAUUCUGCAUAAUUCUUCCUCUAACCAUGUUCGUCCCAGAGGCUGAACUACCUAUGUGGGUUAUUUGCUAUGUGCCUGUGUUUAUGUCAUUUCUCAACAUUCUUCCGGAUCCGAAAUCCUUCCCUUUCAUUGUUCCGUACCUUCUCUUCGAGAACACAAUGUCGGUUACCAAAUUCAACGCGAUGGUAUCUGGAUUAUUCAAGUUGGGUAGCUCUUAUGAGUGGGUAGUCACCAAGAAAGCUGGUAGGUCCUCAGAGUCCGACUUACUUGCUGCUGCUGAGAGGGAUUCAAAGGCAUCGAACCUACAACAGAUACAUCGAGGAGUUUCCGAGAGUGAUCUUGGAGAAUUGAACCGAUUAAAGGAACAGAAAGAAGCAGCUUCCAAACCUGUUAAGAAAGUAAACAAAAUUUACAGAAAAGAGCUAGCUUUGGCAUUCCUCCUGCUCACAGCUGCAGUCAGGAGCCUGUUAUCUGCCCAAGGAGUCCAUUUCUACUUCCUACUGUUCCAAGGUGUGACCUUUCUCGUCGUGGGUCUUGAUCUAAUCGGUGAGCAAAUGAGCUAGUUGAUACAAAUAGGAGCAAGCAGUACGAAAAGUUGAACCCACGACAAGCUCAUACUUGGCUUAUAUGAAGAUUUAACCAUUUCACAUCACGGUGACUUACAACUUGGGGAAUUUUAAUCCUUUUCUUUCCCGUAGAAAACAGCGGUGAAGAGGUAUUGUUCGAGUUCAAUAAAACGAGUUUCCAUUUACUAGUUUUGAUUUGGGGAAUCUAAUAGUUUUCAUCAAUCACCCCCAACAAUAUAGUUACACAUUAUUGUUAUUUAUAGGAAGGAUUUCAGAUUUCAUUGUUUUUUCACAGUUGGUACAUUGUAAAGUCAAAAAAGACAAAAAAAAAGGUUUGAGUGAGGUGCAAAGAUGAACUUUGCUUCAAGAUUUUCAGAUUCUAAGUGUGUUAAUUUAAGACACUCUUAUGUACAUUCAUCUAUUCUUUUUAUCCAAUGUAACAACAAUUAUCUCCCUCUGCAGAUAUUUAUUCUUUUUGUUUCUUCUGUUA